AUGGGUCAAAGUCAGUCUGGAAUGGGAGGCGGAGAUGGAAAAGAUGAUAAGGAUAAGAAGAAGAAGCCGAAGUACGAGCCCCCUCCUCGCCCAACGACCCGCGUAGGCCGAAAGAAGAGAAAGGCUGGCGGCACCAGCGCCGCAGCCAAGCUCCCCGCCGUAUACCCCACGAGUCGAUGCAAGCUCCGACUAUUAAGAAUGCAGCGGAUUCACGACCACCUCCUUCUCGAAGAGGAGUACGUCGAGAACCAAGAGCGCCUCCGCAAGGCCAAGGCCGCCAAGGAAGGAGCAGGCUCCGACGCCGACGACAGGCUGGCCGACGAGCGCAGCCGCGUCGACGAUAUGCGAGGAAGCCCGAUGGGUGUCGGUACCCUGGAGGAGAUGAUUGACGAUGACCACGCGAUCGUUAGUAGCACCACCGGUCCCGAGUACUACGUCAGCAUUAUGAGCUUCGUCGACAAGGAUCUGCUCGAGCCCGGCGCCAGCGUACUGCUUCAUCAUAAGAGUGUCAGCAUCGUUGGUGUUCUGACGGAUGAUGCGGAUCCUUUGGUCAGCGUCAUGAAGCUCGAUAAGGCGCCCACGGAGUCGUACGCGGAUAUCGGUGGUUUGGAGACGCAGAUCCAGGAAGUCCGGGAAUCGGUUGAGUUGCCGCUUUUGCAUCCCGAGCUUUACGAGGAGAUGGGUAUCAAGCCUCCCAAGGGUGUCAUCCUCUAUGGCGCACCCGGUACAGGAAAGACGCUGCUCGCCAAGGCUGUCGCCAACCAGACUUCGGCUACCUUCCUGCGUAUAGUAGGAAGUGAGCUGAUUCAGAAGUAUCUCGGUGACGGUCCUCGACUUGUGCGACAGCUGUUCCAGGUUGCUGCGGAAAACGCCCCCUCGAUUGUAUUCAUCGACGAAAUCGAUGCCAUCGGAACCAAGCGCUACGAAUCAACAUCAGGAGGCGAGCGUGAAGUCCAGCGAACCAUGCUCGAGCUCCUCAAUCAACUCGACGGCUUCGACGACCGCGGCGACGUCAAAGUCAUCAUGGCGACCAACAAGAUCGAAACCCUCGACCCGGCCCUGAUCCGCCCCGGCCGAAUCGACCGCAAGAUCCUCUUCGAGAACCCCGACCAGAACACCAAGCGCAAGAUCUUCGCGCUGCACACCUCCAAGAUGAGCCUCAACGACGACGUCGACCUCGAGGAGUUCAUCGGCCAGAAGGAUGACCUUUCUGGCGCUGACAUCAAGGCCAUUUGCUCCGAGGCGGGUCUCAUGGCGCUGAGGGAGCGGAGGAUGCGUGUGCAGAUGGCGGAUUUCAGGGCUGCGAGGGAGAGGGUGUUGAGGACGAAGCAGGAGGGUGAGCCGGAGGGGUUGUAUUUGUAG